AUGUCCAUCCAAAUUCAUCUUGAGGCUACGGGUUGUGAGAAUGUUGUAUGGAAGGAUCGCUUUUACAGCCGCUCUCCACAAGCAGCAGCACUGAGACCCGAACUACUGUGGUCUCGUAUCAUUGUGGGCAGAGCCAACGACGAGGAUUUCGAGACUGUAGGCGUCAAGGGAGAAAGAGCAGAUGACAGCCCUACUGAGGAAGUCAACACGAGUAUCGGCAAUGAAGGCACAUCAGUCGGGGAGGAUGCGGUAAAUUACGUUGUGCGAACAAAGUACUAUCUCAUUGUAACCGCCGCAGAGUCCGAUCCAAACGACAAGCUCACGACGAUGGAAAGUAUCCCGAUGAUGCGGCCAAAGAAGCUUUUAGAAAAGCGAGCAUAUUUAUGGGGGAACGACACGUGCAUUGACUUCCAUGAAGUAGAGUUCAGUGAAGAUGAAGACGAAGACGGCGAAGAAGAGGGAGAUCUGUACUAUUAUGAGGAAGAUGGUGACAAUGAGUACGAAGUAGACGUGGGAGUAGAAGAAGAAUACGGCUACAUUUUUGUAAGCGCUGGAGAAAAAGGCAUAUGCGAGUCAACUUCCGUUGGUAGAAACGGCGAUAUUCAGUUCCUCUACCUCGGUGAAGGAUGUGAAUCGGUACUGAUUGGCAUCGCCGCUCACGAAAUUGGACAUGCCCUUGGAUUAUAUCAUACUCACACAAGACGUGAUCGUAACGAGCAUGUCAAAAUUAUCCGCGAACAUAUAAAGAAUGAUACAAGACUUCGUGAGCAAUUCAAAAAGGCGAAACAUAUCAACAACUAUAGGGUGCCGUAUGACCCUGGUAGCAUAAUGCAGUACGAAUUCACAGCGUGGGUUAUGUUGAAGAGCGGUUCUUUCAAUGAAACAGCGCCUACUAUAGAGGCCAAACGCCGUAAAUAUAUGUGGACUCUAGGAUCUAGAAUGAUUUCGUUCUACGAUUUGCUUUUAAUGAAUAAGCACUACAACUGCACUGGUAAAGCUCCGGAGGGUACAAAGGUGAAAGUGAAAUUGAUGGAACUCCCUGUUGAUGACACCGUGGGUGGAUGCAUAUAUGCUGGCGUUGAAAUUAAAGCACAAGAGGAUCAAGCUAACACAGGCUACAGGUAG